UCCGAGGAGCCUGGGCCGUGGGCGGGGGUGGCCGUGGGUGGUUCCCCCAACUAUUUAAGCAGAUUCCAGCAGAUGGUCGUGGAACUUUGCUCCUGAAGACGCGAGAGACACAGUCCUGUCGCUCCACUCCUUUAGCCAAUCCCCAGGACUGGGACACUCCUGACAUCCCCCCACAGAGACAAGGGAGAUAAAGUCCUGGGACUCACUUGUGGAAGAAGAACUUUCCAGUGUAGACGCGCAGGCAAACAUGCCCUCAGACUUCCUGACGCCUUUCCUGGAAGUGGACCAGGAGUUUGUCAAGAGCUUCGGGGUGGUGGACAUGAUGGAUGCGGCCGCCAGCCUCCAGCAACAUCAGCAGCAGCGAGUGCGCGGCUUCCAGCGGCGUCAUUCCCUGUGCCCCGUGACGCUCCCAAACUCCAAGUUCAACGACGGCGACGGGGAGUCGUCGUGCUGGGGAUGGGGCCUAGCCGGUGCCCAACAGUGGAAGCGGGAGAAUCAGCUCCCUCGUUCCGUGCUCAGCCACAUCCCAUUCAGGAUGGAUCGCUCGGUCAGCAUGAUCGAGGGCAGUGUCGCCGAGGUGCCGCCGCCCCCUCCCCCGCCGGGCCUUCACCUGAGCACCACGCCCCGGUCGCCCCCCUCACCAUCGCCGCACAUGUCCACACGCUACAAGACGGAGCUGUGCCGCACCUUCGAGGAGAGCGGCACAUGCAAGUAUGGCGCCAAGUGUCAGUUUGCGCACGGUGAAGAUGAGCUGCGAGGUCUGAGCCGCCAUCCCAAAUACAAGACGGAGCCAUGCCGCACCUUCCACACCAUCGGCUUCUGUCCUUACGGUGCCCGCUGCCACUUCAUCCACAAUGCUGAUGAGCUUCUGCAAGCCCCGCCCCCCCAGAGGAGCAAGCUGAGACCGCCGCCCCUCCGCCACAGCCUGAGCUUUGCCGGCUUCUCCUCGUCACCUCCCCGCGCCUUCCGGCCUGUUGACGACUCCCAACCUUCCUCGCUCCUCUUUGCCCGUGCCUCCUCUGUGUCACCCUCACCGUGCUCCUCGGAGAGCCCUGAGCUCCUCUCGCCUCUUUUUCCGGAGAUAGGGGGGCUUCGCCCGUGUCCACGCCCUGGCGAGUCGGCUCUGGGUUUGUUUGCUGCCGCCGAAUGCCCCGCCCUCGCCUACCACACCCCCGCCAAGGUGUCCCUGCUCAGCCUCCAGCGCUGCUCCUCGGCCGACUCCCUCUCCGAGGAGGGGUACACUUCCUCUUGCUCCCUGAGUUCCGGCUCCAGUGGCACCGAGUCACCAGGCUGUGAAGGCCGCCGCCUGCCCAUCUUUAGCCGCCUCUCCAUCUCUGACGAGUAG